GCGCGGGCCCGCGGCGGCGGCGGGGGAAAGCGGCUUAUCCCCUCCUUCCCUCCCUCCGCCGGGUUGCCAUGGAGACGGGCGGGCGGCGGCGGCGGGGCUGUCACUGAGGGAUCGCACGGCGCUCCGCGGCGGAGGGGAAGCCGCGGCGGCCGCGGCAGCAGCGGCAGAGGCAGAAAUGGACUCGCACUGCGACUGUGUCGAGCCCCCGGCCGCCGAGCAGCCGUCGGGGAGGAUUAACAAAACCGCUUUCAAGCUCUUCAGGAGGAGGAAGUCCGGGGGAACCAUGCCGAGCAUCUUCGGGGUGCGGAGCAGAGGAGGGGAGGGUAAGGGCGCCGGCAAGCCGGGGAUGGUGCGGAGCCGGACGCACGACGGCUUGGCCGACGCCGUGCUGGAGAGCAGCAAGAAGGAGGAACCGGGCGGCGGCGACGCGCCGAGCCGCGAGGCGCAGGAGCGGCCGGCCGGCAGCCUCGGCGGCUCCGCCGGCAGCGCGGUGGCCAAGUCGCACAGCUUCUUCUCGCUGCUGAGGAAGAACGGCAGGCAGGCGGAGGGCGCGGAGCCGCGGGCCGGCGGCAGACAAAAGAAGGGACUGAAGGGGAUCUUCAGCAGCAUGCGGUGGCACAGAAAGGACAAAAUCGGCAAGGAGGAGAGGGGGGAAACCUCGGACAUCCCGUCCGGCCUUAUCAUGCCGGGGUCCCUGACCGCCAGCCUGGAGUGCAUCAAGGAGGAGACGCCGAAACCUUUGUCUGAGAGCCCGAGCGGCGCGGGAGACGCCGGGCCGGAGCUGCCGCGGGAGAAGCGCAGCGGCGAGGCGCCCGCCGCGGCCGAGGAGCCCCAAGCGGGCGGCGCGGAGCCGCGGGCCAGCAGCCCCCCGCCCCGGGAGGAGCCGCCCGCCGCCGUGCGGCCACCCGAGGAGCUCAGCCGCGAGCGACCGGAGCCGGCCGCCGGAGAGGUUGGGACUGCGAAGGAUGCGGCGAUAACAGGUGACAUUCCAAUAACGACUAUCCCCCCUGUUGAACCUCACUGUGAUAGCGGUCAAGAGACGGCAGCCGCCCCUGACCCUUCCUCUGUUGAUCCACCCUCAGAGCAAUCGAUUGAUCGUAUUUGUUUGAUGUUUGCUGACGUGACUUCACUGAAAAGCUUUGACUCUCUUACAGGCUGCGGAGAUAUUAUUGCGGACCAUGAGGAGGAUGUGGGCGGCGGGAGUGGCGUCUGCGAGAAGAGCACCCCCGGGCCCAGCAAGCUGGGUGCCACCAAGAAGCACCCCACCAUGGUGGCCUACCAGGGAGGAGGGGAGGAGAUGGCCAGCCCCGACCAGGUGGAUGACACCUGCCUGCAGGAGUUCUGGGAUAUGCUGUCACAGACAGACGAGACUAAGACGCAAGGAGGAGGAAGCGGAGGAGGGACAAAGAAGCCCGAGGGGUUGAAGGAAGCCCGAGGUACCGAGGGGGCCCAGAAUAGGGUGGUGGUGAAACGUGGUGGCCUCCACCAGAUUGCCAUUCACCUGAACCACAAAGAGGAGCAGAAAAGCAGGGAAAAGGAGCAGCACGAGGGUGUCCCAAACAGCGAUGAGGGCUACUGGGAUUCCACCACCCCUGGUCCCGAGGAAGAUAGUUCCACAAGCAUCCAGAAGGAAACCCUUCCCAGGGACAGCUACAGUGGGGAUGCUCUCUAUGACCUUUAUGCUGAGCCGGAUGAGAACCCACCAGCAGGGCCCACACACGAGGAAGUCCCCAGUGUGCCACGCUCCAAGCCCGUGUCUCCGAUAACGACCGUGAGCUCACUGAAAACACCCUCCAGCGCCGCGAAGGACUCCAAGAUACCCAUCAGCAUUAAACACCUUUCCUCAUCGCACCCCGCCAGCCAUGGAGCAGAUGCCAGUAACAGCCAUCACGUCGCACACCAUCACCUGGCCAAAAGUGAGAUGCACAGAACAAAAAUCCCCGUCUCCAAAGUCCUGGUACGUCGAGUCAGUAACAGGGGCGCAGCCGGGUCAGUAACGGGGACAACAGUGAAAACUGCCACGUACCAGGACAGUGCCAAAAAGUAGUUGGGGAAGAAGUGGAGGCAAAGGCAGAGAAAGAAGUCCAUGUGGGAAAGUCUGCUUAGGAGACCACAGAUAAUGAAUUAGUUUUGCGUCACCUGAAGAAAGUCACCUCAAAGGCUUCCUUCACUGUACUCUGUGGGCCUGCACUUCUGAGUCUCUUCUUACUAGACUGUAUGGCUGAAUACAAAAAGUCAACUUCUUUUUGAGCACUUUUUUUACAUUUGUAUCUUUUUUCUGCAACACUAAACACUGGGGAGGUUCAUUUUUACAUGCCUUUCUGGAAGCAGGACUUGGAUUAUGACCAUCCUUCCUCGUGCAAAGCAGUGUCAUGAGUUCUUCAAGGGAACAGAGCUACAAAAGGAGCGACAUGAGAGGUUCUCCUCCUAUACAUUUAUCUUCUAAUCGUUUCUCGGGGAGGAGUAGAGGCUGGGUGCCUGGCUGGCUCUGGAAAUGAUGUUUGCUCCACAAGAUGUUGGAAAAAAAUGCCAAGCAGAAAACAACCCACCUAACAGGUAUUUUGCCUGCUGUAGGAACGAGAACACUGCUCAGCAGCAGACUUGAUUGACUUGUGUGCAGGAGAUAAAACUAAGGAGUGAGGUGGACUCGUCUAACAGGAAAACAUAUUUUUGUUUGUCUGUCUGUCUGGUUGGUUUUGAUCUGGUCUAAUGUAAAUGGGUAACAGACACACCUGACGUAGGUUCAGAUGUUUACAUCAAUACUUGUCCAAUAAUGCAUACAAUCAGGUUCAGGGAAACAUUUGACUAAAUGCCAAUAUAUACACACUGUCCACAUUUAUACAAUAACUUGCUCGCCAUGUGUAAAUAUAUACGUGUUUUAGCAGAUUUUUUUAUUAAAAAAAAAAUCACCCGUCCUUAUUAUCUAGAGUUUAAGCAAGAGUUAGUUUUUAUAGGUAGAUAAUUUUACAGUUCUAAAAGGAUAGAACUUUGUGUAAGUACCUUAAAUUAGAGAAAAACUCUGGUUUGUAUGGGCUCAUGCAUCCCCAGAUAAGUAAGUCUGAAGUGCUGAUUUUAUUCCAGUGGCACAUUCCAUGGCUCAGAGCUGAUGUUCUGACAGCACUGCCACUGCAAACCUCUAUUUUCAGGGGUUUAGACAAAAGUUGCUCUGGGCUUAAACCUUACCGAGAAGGAACCCAGCAAAGAAACUUGUUUUUUAAGUAUUAUUUUUUAAAAUAUAUAAAAUUAGUUUUUGACUAUUUAAAAAAAGUUUGGGUUCUCAUUGCUUUUUAUUUUCAUUCUCAAUAAUGUCAGAAUAAUUUUAUGUUAAGAGAGAAAAAAAUAUGGUAAGUUAGUGAUACAUUAAAUGGUCUGAUGAGCUUGGAUCUUAGGAAAAAUGUAUUAAUAGCCAUGACAUUUUUGAGUAGUGGCUACUGUGCAUGGGCAUUGGCAACAUUUCAAAGAAAUAUAAUAGGGUUUUAAUGUGCCUGAGGACAUAUUUUUAUUAUACACUGAAAAAGCUCUAAAAAUCACUGAAGUCUAAAGGUAAAUGUUAUGUAUUUACAAAAUAUUUUGAUAUAAUUAUUUAAUCAUCAGGCCACAGUUAAUAUAAAAUAUAUGCUCCAGCGUAUCUAAAAAAUAAUAUACAUUUUAAAAAUAUACAUUUCUAUAUUAUGCAGAGAAUCCUAAAUUCACAUCAUUGAAACUAAUGGGUCUGAUCUUACAUAGCAGUUGGUUUUAUUGUCUCUUAAAUCAAAAGGAAAAAAAAGAGGAAAAUAAAUAUACAGAAUAUACAUUUGAAGGAUAUUAAGGUUGUAGGCAAACCAUAAAAAGCCAGGAAGUACCAUAAAAAGAAUUGUAUAUAUGUAUAUGCGUGAUUCGUGGUUCACUGGGGAAAUGACCUUAGAGUCAUGAAGGUGAAAUUGACAUCCAGUUUUGAAAUUGCUGCAGAAUUUAAUACCGAGUUGCAGCAUCCCAGUGAAAGUGUUAGCUUCCCUGACCAGCCCCUGUUUUCAUGGUUCAAGAACCUUAAUACACUUCAAAGAGGAUUAUUUUAUGUUUCCUUCCUGACGUGUAGGUGUGUGGUUCCCUGUGUGCCCACUCCCACAGACAUGUUGUACAUAUGCAUGUGCAGCAAGCGCACAGCCCCGGGCAGGGUCCCUGCGCCAGCCCAGGCGCUCCAGUGCACACUCACACUCACACUCACACUCACAGCCUGGGGGCUGUGCUUCACAUCUGCCUCCAAACACGCUGGCCAUGGUUUCCUUUGCCUGAGAAAGGGAUUUGCAUUUGGUCUGACUCCACUCGUGCAUUUUAGUCGAAGCUGAAACACCCUCUAAAGGAUGUAUGUACAGAACACGGAAUAUUAUCCUGCUCCUCAGCCCUAAACAUGACAUUCCUUUUCCCCUUCUUUUGGUUUUGUUUGACUGUGAGGGAUGCAUCUUUCCUUGCAUGACAACUCUGCAGAAAAAUCAUAAUUCUCCAUUUUGUUCUAAGGACAAAUUUUGCUGAGAGAUUCUAUAGGGUACUGGAAGUUGAGAGGGAGGGAGGAUGUGGUGGUAGUACCAUAAAAACUGGAAGCACUGAGUACAGGUAGUAGGAGUGGUGCAUCUUUAAACCCAUUAGGAGAUACCAGCUGCCAUCUCUACAGGACUUGUGUGUGUCAAAUUAUUCAUCAUAUGUGUUUUGUUUGCAUUGUGGCAUGUCUGUAUUGAAAAACAAAUAGUGUGACACUAGACUAACUCCCUCUCACAUAACAACUAACAUGAAUCAUCAUUAAAAUGCUUUGGCUUCCCUUCAUUCUUCUCUCUCUCCUUUGUUUUCUGCCACGUUUUUUCCUCCAUCCUCUGCAUGGGCAGCCUCCUCCUGGGUGCUAACCCCAGGAUCCUGGAGGAGCCCUGGGCUGGCGUGGGGCAUGGGUGGGAGGGCAGCUGCCCAGGGCAAUGUGCUCCAUAGCCACUCCCUCAAGCUUUCUGUCACUUACCCACUCUAAGCACAUUUUGCAAAUCUCUCUGCAGUUUGUUUGGCUGCUUGCUAUGUACAUAUUUUAAGGACAAUCAUAUCCUUAAAAGGAAAAUGGGAAAGUAGCUGGUAGUAGAGCGUCAGUGUUUUGAAUCAUUGCAAUGUGCUGACGUUGAUUCAGGGUAAUGGUUGUGUGAGAGUAAUGAUACAAUUUCAUGUUCAAAUUACCUUUGUACUUCUAAAAUUCGCUUUUGUCUUUAAGCCAUCUAUGUUUUUUAUUCUGAAAGGUAAUAGAAGAUCUAAUAUUUACCAGGGCUUUCAAUUUUCAUGCAAAUAUAUUUGUAUAACUCCACAUAAUGCCUAAAACAAUCAUUGAAAGGAGCUUCAAAGGCUUUCUUUAGACCUAUAUAUAAUUCCUGAAAGAUCCCUGUAAAAUACUAAGAGAUGCCUAAGAACAAACAGUUAAUGGCUUGCUGGAUUUAAAGGCUGAGACAUAAAGAGGUAACAGUCCUGAGGCAUUUUGUGGUAGCUUGCAUUCUUAUUUGUGUUACCAUGUUCAAGCUUAUAUUUUCCUUGGCUUUGGUAGGUAUUGAGGUAGAGUAUGGUGUUCUGAGUCCCAAAGAGAACAUUCCCAACAGUGUCAUUGUUUUGAUUUCCUUAAAGUAUAUUUUUCUUUAUUUGUUUCAUUUGUUAUUUGGUGGUCUGAAUGAUGCUUUGUAAUUAUCAGCUGUAUGUCAUUCAUAAAGGAUUUUAUAGAUCAGGA